AGAUAUAUAGGCCAUAUAAUGAAUUGCUAUUACGUUACAUUAUAUUCCUUUUGCUGACGCUUUUUGUCCAAAAAGCGACUUACAACCGUCGAGGCUGGUAGCAUUAAGGGCCUUGCCUCAGGGGCCACUGGGGUGACCUGGACUUGAACCCCCGGCUUUUGGAUGAAAGUCAGCGGUGUAACCCACUAAGCUUACGAUGAUGCAGCAUCUGUUAUAUCCCCCCCUGUUUCCCGCUGCGAACAAAUCUCUUCAGCAUAAAUUCGACAAGUCUGCAUAUGAUCUACACAGGAUGAAGGUAAAGUCUGCUAAACCUACAAUAGAUAUGACUCCACCAAGGACCUAUAAUCACCUGUCCCUGAACGUGACACGAAAGCCGGCAAUGGACAGGGCACUGCAGAUUCAGAGGGAAAACGACAUGCUCAGGGACAAACUAUCACACAUCAUGAGGACGACUGGAGGACUGGACAACUGGAAUUACUAUGACAAGAAAAGCCUUGACAAAGAAAGGCGACGGUCGGAGUUGCUCCGUAUCACCACGGAGAAUCAGAUGAUCCUGUCCCGCCUGAGCCAAGUCAGGCCGAACUACAAUGUGAAGAGUUGGCACGAUGACUGGCUCAGAACUCUCAGGUUGAGGGACAGCAUUGCACGUUUCCCAAGAGGAAGGGAGAAUUUGCAAAAGGGGGAAGAGAAACAGGACAAGUCGAACAGUGGCUGUGACAAAAAACAAAAGAUGAACACAGAUGCCACCCCUGCAAGGGCAAAGGUCAAAACUGAAUCUGAGGGAAAUGAGAAGAAGAAAGGAACAAACAAGCAAGCAGAAACAAGUUCCAGGAGCAGAGAGUCUGACGGACAGAGAGCCAGAUGAUCCUGGGUUAAUCCUCCGACCUCACCAGAUACAUCUGAAAGUCCUGGUUCUUCUGAUGUACAAUUAUCACCCACACUCUGUUGAAAAGUCCUUUGCUCCUGAUGAAGUGCAGAGGAAGGAUAAAUUGCGUUAAUGCUGUACUGCUCUUAUAUUUUUUCUGCAUAGUAAAGAGACUCAAUCACAAGCAGUUUGGAAAAAUACAAUCUUAACUCAGGAACUGGACCUCAAUAUUGUAAGGCAAUCAUGAUCUUAAGAACUGGCUUAGUCUAAAAUAAACCACUAGUAGUACAUUGUAUGGUGUGUUUACUGAAAAAUAGAGUAAAAUAUUUCUUUAAUAACAACGAAUAAAAGUAAAUAAAGGAAUAAGACAAUA